AUGCGCCCUGAGGCAGCGUCCACGGUCAUUCGUGGGGAGGAAACUUACUUCACCUUGUAUUUUGGGACAGUUCGAACUCGCGAACCUGAGACGGAGUGCAGGUGCACACCCUUGUGUGCAGAGCCUGUGUCCAGCUCCUGGGAGCCCCUGGAGACCCUGGGGAGGUCCCUGUGGCUCCGCAGAUACCUGGAGACCGGGAAGGAGACGCUGCAGCGCGCAGAUCCCCCAAAGACACAGGUGACCCAUCACCCCAUCUCGGACAGUAAGGCCACCCUCAGGUGCUGGGCCUUGGAUUUCUACCCUGCGGAAAUCACACUGACCUGGCAGAGAGAUGGGGAGGAGCAGACCCAGGAGACUGAGUUUGUGGAGACCAGGCCUGCAGGGGAUGGAACCUUCCAGAAGUGGGCAGCUGUGGAGGUACCUUCUGGAAAGGAGCAGAGAUACACGUGCCAUGUGCAGCACGAGGGGCUACCUAAGCCCCUCACCCUGAGAUGGGAGCCGCCGCCUCAGCCUAACAUGCUUAUUGUGGGAAUCGUUGCUGGCCUUGGAGCUGUGGUUGCAGCUGUUGUGGUUGCAGGUGUUGUGAUGUGGAGGAAGAAGAGCUCAGGUGGAAAGGGGAGCUACAAUCAGACUCCCUGCAAUGACAGUGCCCAGGGCUCUGAUGUGUCUCUCACAGCUUGUAAAGUGUGACAUAGCUGCCUUGUGUGGGACUCAGUGACUCCAGAUGAGAUCGAGUCCCCCCCAACACCACCACUAUCACUUCAAGAGCUCCUGCCUGGCUUCUCUUUCUGCAACUGGAAUCAGAAUGUGUCUGUGUGUCUGUGUUCCUGUUAGCAUAAUGUGAGGAAAUGGAGAGACUGGCCCAUCCCUGAGCAUCAAGACCCCUUCCUCACACUGACCUGUGUUCUCUUCUCUCAUCAACUUUCCUGUUCCAGCAGAGGCAGGGCUGGGAUGUCCCCAUCCCUGUCUUACAUUUAUGUUGCACUGAGCCACAGCUUUUUACUUCCCUAUUGAAAAGAAGAAUCUGGAAAGGAAAUUGUUUGCAAACUUUUGCCAUAGGGUGUGGUCGAUGGGUUAAUUAAAGGAGAAGAAGAUUCUUAAAAUUUUAGAGUGGAAAUAAAACCUGAGAAGCUUCCAGAAA